UUGAUAAUUCAGUCCUUGCCGUGUGAGUCUAGUGGUCGUGAGAAAGACCAUUCCCGGCUUGGCGAUGGCCUCGAUGGCGGUGGCGUCACUCCGAAGAUCCCUCCUCCUCCUGCGAGAAACCGCCGUGCUAAACACUACCCAGUCAUCUCAAUUGCUUUUCAGGACUCGUGUUGGAUCUAUUUUUCGAUUUUCCACGGAUAGCUCGCCCCUUGACGUCGACCUGGCCGAUAAAGAGAGCAAGCGCCGUCUUCAUAAUAGGUUGUUGUAUCGGAGCAGGCAAAGGGGUUUCCUUGAAUUGGAUUUGGUUGUGGGAUCGUGGGUAGAGGAACACAUUCGUGACAUGGAUGAUCUCCAUAUCAAGGCCCUAACUGAUGUACUUGAUCUGGAAAAUCCAGAUUUGUGGAAGUGGCUGACCGGCCAAGAGCAGCCACCAGAAUCAGUCGGCCGAAAUCCUGUUUUUAGUGCUAUGAAAUCCAAGGUGAUGGCAAAUCUCAACAGCCAUGCUUCUCCUGAGGCCCGAGCAAAUCCUGGUCAACCAUGGGUAAGGGGAUGGGAUGACAAAAAGGAAAUGCAGGGUGGUGGUCCAUUUGGCAACCAAUGAUAUGUCGAUGAAAAGAUCAUUUUCUACAAAUAAUUGCAACGCACCACGGCAGAGUUUGCAGAUUAAACACACUGUAUAAAACAUAAAUAGUUUCAGAAGGCUCCAAGCUAAACAAGUUGUUUAAGAUCUACUUGAUGUUGAGGCUCUGGACUCAAAGUUCAUACACUGAAUAAAGUUAUUGUUGUGGUUCUGAUUUAAA